CUGAGUUUUUUUAAUAUCGUAUCCAACUGAUACUACAAUCUGGGGCAUCGGUUUUUGUUCAGCAGAUACUACAUUCUGGGGCUGAUACGUACAAAAUAAUCAAGAUGCACUAUUGUUUCAUUUCGGUGAUGACAGAGCAAAUAGAAUGAAAAGUUUAGUGAGAGCUUUUUUGAUGAAAACCAACAGCUACUUACAUAAUUCAAACAACUGAAUCAACUUGACGCACGGAGGCGGUGCAGGUAGGUUUGAGAUGGCAUCUACAUACGAUAUUUGUGGGCCUUGUGCAUUACAAUUUUGAGAAAACUUGGGAGCUAUUGGAGACGGUAUCCAUGGAUUGGAAUUAAGAGAUUUAGGGGAUCCCAAUUUCCUUAUAUUGGGAGAUUAAUUUCUGGGAUCUCUUGGAGAUGCUCUAAGGCCCAGAUUAGUGGGUACCAAUGCCACUUCCUGCUCGUUGGCAGGAUGAAUCAGACCAAGGAUGACAAUUAGUGGUACUAAUACGGAUUAUUUGCAGGAGCCUUAGCCGCGCUGAUGCUGGUCACGAGCCCGAGGAGAAGAGCUCGCCGCGCUGAUGCUGGUCACGAGCAUGAGGGGAAGAGCUCGCCGCGCUGGGCUCACCGCGCGGAAGAGAGCAGAGGGAGAUUUAUACCAUUAUAAAACGCGACAGGUUCGGCUUCAACGAAACGGAUGCGUAGGCAAGGGCUUCGAUCAUUUGGAGAUUCACACAAUGCACUCGAGCUCUCUCUUACUUGUGUUUGACAGUGAUUAGUCCUCCACGCGAGGAUCAGUCAGGUCGGCCAUCGCUCCCGUCUUCAGCGCCGUUACUGCUCGGGACGCCUGAAUGUGGCGGAGGUCAGGUCCGCGCUCGACACUCGACGGGCUCACGGCGCGCUCGAGUCCGGCAAGCUGUACGAAAUGGUGUACGCCGGGCGAGCAGCGGGGGUGCCUCGUCCGUGUCCGACGGCUACUCGGCGUCGAUGUGCCUGGACGGCUUGCUGGACCCAGCCGCGGUGCGCGGCAAGAUCGUGGUGUGCGACCGCGGCGUGAACUCGCGUGCCGCCAAGGGCGACGUGAUCCGCCGGGUGGGGGCAUCGAGAUGGUGCUAGCCAACGGGCCGUUCGACCGCGAGGGCCUUGUCGCCGACUGCCACAUCCUGCCGGCAAUCCCCGAAGUUCCAGCUGACGUUCACGCGCUGCUCCUGCGUGAAGGCCAGCUUCCUCCGGGUGGUGGCACCGGCGGACAGCCCCAACACCGACGGCAUCAGUAAGACCGUCAAAGCCGCCGCCGGCGACUAGUUGAUCGGACCAAUUGAAGUCCAAAAUCGCUGCUGGCCUGCUUAUGCUGAUGCGUGUUCAUUGCAUCAUACAAAUUUCCAAAUCUAUAAUUAGUAUCGUUAUUGUUGAAGAAUAUUCGUGGCUGCUGCUAGUAUUUGACUAAAGCAGUUCUUCACGCUUCCCUGCAGGGGACGAUUGCGUCUCCAUGGUUGGCAAUUGCUAUGACGUCCGUGUGAAAGACAUCUCAUGUGGGCCUGGCCAUGGCAUCCUGCUCUUCCAUUCCAGGAGAUGACUGGCCGCUGCUGCAUCGACUGGAACACCUUGCUUUUUUUUGCAUCCACAAUGCCGCAGCUUGGCACAUGUUCAUUGCCUGGAGCUGCAAUCUAUGGCACUUCAACUAGGAGAUUUGGAGGUUUGGAGUUUCAGCAACAUAAAGUUAAUCACAUCUCAUUUGGUCGGAAAGCGUCUGUUAAAGCAACAUUGAAAACUGUGAGAUGCAAUGCCACUCAAACACAAAGCGUCCAAAAGAAAUCUUCAAGUGCAACUAUUCAGCGUGAUAAGAAAGGAAAUGUACAAGGGCCAAAACUGGAUGACGGAAGCGGUGGGUUCCCUCCAUUCCGCUUUGGCAAAGGUGGGGGUGGUGGUGGAGGCGGGGGAGGUGGCAGCAACUACUUUGGCGGAUUCCUUCUCUUCUCAUGUGUGUUGCUCUUGGACUACCUGAAGGAAUUCGAGAAGUACCUGCUUGCUCAGAGGCACCGAGCUGGAGAUGAUGGCGGCAACGGGCUGUUGCAGGCAUGAUUGCUUUCCGCUGGUCUCACUGGCACUAGCAGCUACUAGUUUCUGAUCUGAAGUGCUUCCUUUUGAACAUAACAUGUGUCUCUGGGUUAAAAUCCAACUGCAAUUGAUUGUUCUGGGAACUUGCUCUGCCAUUGAUCCGUGUGGUGUCAAGUACUGUGGAAAUCGUCUGCUGCGUCCACUCGAACUUUC